AUGGGAGCUCCCAACGAAGAGAACUUGAACGCCAGCAACCAUGAAGGUGGCCGAGGUUGUUUCACCAAAGGGGCCUCUCGUCAAGGUGUCAAGACGGUGUACUUUAUCCGACAUGCCGAGUCGGAUGAAAAUCGUAGAAGAGCGUCCUUGACCAAGUGCUUUGAGCAGAUAUCAACGGGGGCCAUGCCGUCCACGGAAGACCUAAACGCCUCGUUUGAGCUGUUGAAUGUCCCCGCACAGGUCAACUCCGAUGUGAGCCAAAUCGGAGCACGGCAAAUAAAACACAUGGGGAACCUACUCCAAGGGAACAACUUUUUGGAAAAGGCCAAAAUCCAGCUGGUGGUGCACUCGCCUCUGGUCCGAGCCCGGCAGACUUGCGAGGGACUGUUGGGGUGUGUUGCGAAGCCUUUGCAAAAGCCGUCCUGUGUCAAGAGAGUGGAAGAAUUGGACUUUUUGGUCGAACGGCAACCCCAAGAAGUCCCUCAAGACGUCAUUCUCAAGGAUGUCGCUCCCACAUCAUCAUCCUUUACGCGGCGCAUUAAGCAGUUUGAACAGUGGCUCGAGAAACAGCCAGAAGACAUUGUGGCUGUUGUCGGACAUUCUCUGCACUUCAAGACCAUGCUUGGGGUCCCAUUCAAGUUCAAGAACUGCGAAGUCUGGGUGGCUCAGUUUGAUCCCAAACGAAGACAAGUCGGUGAAGAACAGGUGGCUAAAACCAAUAUUAAUUGUAGCAACCGGAGCGCCAACUCUUUGCUACCCACGAUGCCACAACUGCCGCCCAUGCCACAGUCCAUGCAGCAAAUGCAAAUGAACUUUGUUCAGAGCAUGAAACGGCAAACUGUGUCUCCUUGGAGUGGGCUCAAGAGGGUUCAUUGCUGCGAUAUUGGCCGGGAAGGCUAG